UUCAAUCUCUAGUGUUGUCUAACUAAAAAGCAGCCUCAGGGGAGGGGUUGUGAACCCAAAUGAACUUGCCUUACAGUGAACCAGACCCUUGUACUAUCAAAGUCUAUUUUGACUGGCUCUCCAGGUCUCAGGUGCAGAUUUUUCAUAUCAUCCAUUACCUAAUCCUUUUACUGCAGACACUGGGGAUUGAGCCAGAGAUCUUCUUCAUGGAAAUCUCAACCACUGAGCCGUGACCCUUCACCAGUGGUUGCUGGAUUUCCUUGAUAGAAAUCCUGUCUCAGAAAUGCUAUUGACGAAAUGGUGAUGGAGACAGGAUUAAGCUCUUCCACUUCCAGAAUCCACCCAAUUGUCUUCUAACGUUCACAGUUGUUGGGAGAAUCCAAUCUUGUCUCUCCUAUAUAGUGUGGACCUUGGGCUCAGUUCAAAUCCUGCAUGCAAGACAUACAAGUAGAAUGAUUUUAAUUGAUUUCAUGGGAGCUUUUUUUAAAUUCACAAGGUGAGUUAAAUAUGGACCAGCAAAUCAGGUUUCACUGCUACUCUUCAUUUAGCCUAUUUUUUAGAACAUGUGGCAAAAGAGGAAAAUGAAGAAUCGUCCAAAGAAACCCAUUCCCCUGUGCCACGAACUUGCUUAUUGGAUGUCUCACUUGCCAGAAUGUCUCUGGACUGUUCCUCUUUCCAACCUGUCACUUCCAGGGAGCCAUGAUGCUAUGACAUAUAGCUUUGAUAAAACAUCAACAGUGAGCGUAAAUGAAUCCAAGUUGUUGGAACUUAUGGACAAACAUAUGCACUGUAUAAUACACCCUAUUAUUUUGAGGUGGUGUAUAACACAGGAGCUGACCGUGUUGGAACAACUGGAUGCUGGAAUUAGGUACUUUGACUUUAGGAUUGCUCACAAGCCUGAUGACCCUUCUAUGACUUUGCACUUUGUUCAUAUGCUAUAUACUACAGCUGUUGUAGAGGAUGUCCUGUGGGAUAUUUUACGAUGGUUGAAAGCCCAUCCCUGUGAGGUCCUCAUUCUUGCUUUCAGAAACUUUGAUGGACUGGAUGAGGAACAUCAUUGUCAUUUGGUGUCCUGUAUAAAGAAGAUCUUCAGUUGCAAACUGUGUCCUAGAAAUGUGGUUCCAACACUACAGCAUAUGUGGGCCCAUGGCUAUCAGGUUAUUGCCUCGUAUGAAGACGUUAUACAAGUGGUAAAGCACUCUGAGUUAUGGCCCGCAAUUCCAUACUGGUGGGGAAAUAAAACCACAGCCAAAAAACUUAUCCAAUAUUUGGAGCUGAAGAAAAGUGGUGGACGCCCAGGAGGAUUAUUUGUUGCAGGAAUCAACCUUACUGGAGAUUUCGGGUACAUUUUGGCACAUCUACAUGAUUCUAUAAAGAGAAUGACCCUCCAUGCCCUUCCAUUACUAAACCGCUGGAUAAAGAAACAGCAUCCUGGAGCAGAGAAAGAUUGCAUCAAUAUAAUUGCUGGAGACUUCAUAGAAAAAAAAAAUUUCGUGAAGAAUGUUAUCGGGCUUAAUGAAAAACUUAUUCCAAAACAGGACUCCCCAAAUAUGCUUUGAAGCAAGACAUUAUUUACCUUCCUCAUUAGAAUGCUGUGAAGAUGUGGUUUACAACAACAAAGGCUAAAACUCUAGUUAAGGAUGAAUUUAUGAGUCCGUGAGUUUUUCUGGAGACAUCACUGAUAAGUACGUUUUUUCCCGGGAAGCAGUGCUGUAAGGACACGGCAGAAACACACCAAGCACAUUUUCACUUUUGUCAUAUUUUUGUCAUCU